CAAUUUUUUUAAAUAUUAUUUAUAUGACAGUAACAACAAAUAUAGUAAUUGUUUGCAUGUUAUAUGCUUCCUAAAUCUAGCUUUAUCUUGGUCAAUUCAUACUAAUACUAUACUACAUAUCUUGUUCAUUUGUUUUUAAUCCUUUAUUUUGGAAAAAGACAAUAUCUCACUUCUAAAUUUCUGACAUGUUGGUUAUAAUAUGGCAAAGGAAGGGCAUAUUUGUCAAAAAAAUUCCAAAUAAUAAUAAUUAAAAAAAAAAUUGAAAAGCUAAAUAAAUUAAACAAACCAAGCCCCAUAUCCUCCAUUACUAGUACUUUUUUUUUCUCUGUCUAUUUCCAAGACAAAUGAAAGAAAGCUGACUUCUCUAAUUUGUUAUAUUAGUAUUACUUAUUAUUCUUCAAAUUGAAACCAAACUAGAAAGUAUACAAUAUUUUCUUAUCAAAAUCAUGGCUCGUACUAAUUGUCAAGUUCCUCAUGGACUUAAACAAGAAGAAUUCAUUGAAUUAGAGCCAUUGAUUCGAAACUACCAUACCUUUGAGGAUUUGUCAAACACUUGCACUUCACUCAUAACACAGCGGAUCGAAGCACCAGCAAACGUCGUAUGGCCGUUCGUCCGGCGCUUCGAUAAUCCCCAGAAAUACAAGCAUUUCAUCAAGAGCUGCAAGAUGACAGGUGAUGGUGGAGUGGGAAGCAUAAGAGAAGUAUCAGUUGUGUCUGGAAUCCCUGCAUCGACAAGCACAGAGCGACUAGAGAUACUAGACGAUGAGAAGCAUAUUCUGAGUUUUAAGGUGGUAGGAGGGGAGCAUAGGCUAAAUAACUAUAAAUCGGUUACAUCGGUGAAUGAAUUUGAGAAAAAUGGAAAAGCUUAUACUAUAGUAUUGGAGUCAUAUAUUGUGGAUAUACCGCAAGGGAAUACUGGAGAAGACACCAAAAUGUUUACUGAUACAGUCGUCAAAUUGAACUUGCAGAAGCUUGGCGUAGUCGCAAUGGCGGCUAUGCAUGGCCAUGAAUGAGCAUACAUGUCUCCUGCUCCUGAUUCAUGGUGAUAUGUAUCGUCCCGUUUCUUUAUUAUAUUUAUUUUUAAAAUAAUAAUAAUAAUAUAUAUAUAAAAAUAAAAAGAAGGGAAAAUCUCUUUUAAAUUUAUAACUAGUGGAGUAUUUCUUAGUAGUUAGGUUCGUUUUCUUUGCAACUUGGAGAUUAAGUUAGUUUGUAGUAUAUAUUUUUUUUUUAUAGUUUCAAUUUGGUGGUUGUUA